AAUUUACUUGUUGUUGUUGAUGCCACUCACUUUCCGCUCGACUCGUGUAUUGCAGGUUAAACUCGUGAAUUGCAGCAUUGAACGCAUCAAAAUGCCAAUCCUUGAUAACUGGAUCGAUUCACCACUUUCAUUUGUUGAAAGCUGUGCUGGGGCUUCUGGAAAAGUCGAGGUGUCAAGUGUAAAAGCAUAUUUCCAAAGUCGAAUAGAGGAAUUAAAAGAUUUAAGUGUUAUACCAUCGAUUAGUGAUUACUCACCAGAGCAAAUCAAACCAAAUUCACUUGUGAGAUGUCGUUGCAUGGUGCAAGACCAAUUUGACCCGGAGUACUACCUUGGACAUUAUGAGACAUUCAAUAAGGAUACUAAAGAAAAGAAAAUCAGAAUUGGGAUGUUCAGAGAUACAAAUGAUUGUGAGAAAGGAGAGACAAUUUUAUAUGAUUCAGAGUCAAAUAAAACAAUGGAGAGACAAAGUUUAUAUUGUGUACCUGUACCUGGUGAAAACGAAUGGGUCAAAAAUGAGUUCAAAUUCAGAAAUUGUAACAAAAAAGAAAUUAACAAAACUGGGCCGACGAGAGGAAAGAGGCAAAGAGAUGAAGAAAUGAUCCAAGAUGCAGAGGAUGAUGAAAAUAUGCAUGAAAUAGGAGCAGGAAUGCAAAAUGGCCAAAAUAAUCCAAAGCGACACCAGCUAUUGAAUAGUAGCUCAGCAGCAACUUCAGGUGAUGCUGGCCAUUCAAUGCAGUCUGGUUUUGAUCCAAAUUUUCCUUUGCCAGAAGAGAACAGGUCACCAUUUAUUGUCAUCAUGUAUGAUAAUGAAGACACACCAAAGCUGAAUGUGGCCUAUGAAUUCAUUGGCAUAAUGUCAUGUGACCCUAAACUUGCUACUCUAACUAUGAGUGAUGAUGACAUGAAAGAAGAUGAAUUCUCAUCCAUUUCUGCAGAGGAGAGAUCUGCUCACUGUCCACCAUCCUCUCUUGUCCCACGAAUUCACUGCAUUCUUGCUAACAAGCUUAUUCACAACAGUCCUUUGAUUCCACAGUCUCCCCUGUUAUUGCAGAAUAGCAUUGACGUUGCUGCUGUUCAAAACGAAUUAGGAGCAGUAAGAGAGACUCUGAUUCAGUCUCUGUCAAAGAUGCUAUUUGGUGACAGGCUGGCUGCAGAAUAUGUUCUUUUGAACGCAAUUUCCAGAGUAUAUGGCCGAGUAGAACCAAUGUCCCUCGGAAAGUUUGCGGUAAAUAUCACAAAAUGUCCCUCUGCCGGAGAACCAACAUCGCUUGCGAUCCCAAAUGAAAUUGCCAAGUUUUUUGAACUUGUCACAACCAAGAGCCACUUUAUACCACUGACAAUAUCCAAGCUGAAUAAAAGUAAAUUUAUUCCAAGUAAAGAUUACACUGCAAACCGAUUGACUUCAGGCAUUCUGCAGCUAAGUGACGGAACGCAUCUUAUUCUAGAUGAGACAGUUUUGGAGCCAGGACAGCUAGACACAAAUGGAGUUCAAAACAUUACGGCAAUUGGAAAUGUUAUUCAGUGGCAGAAAGUGGAAUACGAUUUCAAGUUUCAUAAAUGUGAUAUGAAAACCGAUAUUACUGUUCUUAUACUUUCUGAAGGAAGAUCUUUAUUGCAAUGUGACUGUAUUGUUCCGCUUGCCAAAGAAGAUACAUCCCUGCAAAGUGCCGCGUCGAUUUUUGCAUCAAUAGAUCCAGAUAUGCUUAGAAAGAUCAGGAUUUACCUCGAAAUAACUCGUCAUAUGGACUUUGAUUUAUCAAAUGAAAUGCAAGAGGUAAUCAAGGAUGACUAUGUCGGAUUGAGAGAGGCAGACCAUAACAAGAUGAACCCAGAAGCUUUUCACUUGCUGCUUGUCAUGGCAAGGCUUGUGGCACUUAGUUUUGGCAAAGGCGAACUGACCCGAGAGCUUUGGACGAAGACGAAAGAAAUUGAAAUCCAAAGACAUGCCAGACUUUCUUAGAUUCAUGUUUCGAGUUAAAAAUGUGUUGUGUCUCCUUUACAUGCUAUUUAUAAAGUGAUUAAUAGUUCGGUUACCUGCCGACUCUUUUGUUUCCAAUUUAACUCUCGAUCCUUCUACUUUUACAUCAGCUGCUAG